AUGAAGGAGCAGAUCGCACAGCAGCAGCAGACACUGCAGGCCAAAACAGCUCAGGUAGGACAAACGAAGACUGCUUUGAUGUGGCUGAAGCACUUUCUGACUUCGUUUUGGUACUUAAACUGGUGAUUUACUGGAACUGUUUUUGGUUGGAUGGCAAACUGGGGAUUUUACUUACACUUUACAUAAUCCAAACAUCCUUUGGUUUGGGGGUCAAACUAAACAAGUAAGGUGCAGGUGUUACAUCUACUGUGGGAUGAAUUAGUCAUUUGUGCUUCUUCUGUUUUCUUGUCCUUCAGAGCUGCGUUCAGACAGUGAAAAGAAAUCCAGUAGUUUAUGAGUAAAUGCAGUGCUCUGAAUCUGAUUUCAUGAAAGCUCUUGUGGUUUUGCUGUGACUAAAGGUCCUUAGAUCGCACAGCAGCAGCAGACACUGCAGGCCAAAACAGCUCAGGUAGGACAAACGAAGACUGCUUUGAUGUGGCUGAAGCAGUUUCUGACUUCGUUUUGGUACUUAAACUGGUGAUUUACUGGAACUGUUUUUGGUUGGAUGGCAAACUGGGGAUUUUACUUACACUUUAUAUAAUCCAAGCAUCCUUUGUUUUGGGGGUCAAACUAAACAAGUAAGGUGAGGUGCAUCCAAAACUCUUUCUAAUUACUAAUGAAGUAGUUUCCUCACAAGAUGACACUCUCUUGUCUUCCACCCCGCAUCUCCUCUCCUCCGUGCUUGUUUAUGAUAGAAAUAAAGAUGAUUAGCAGAUUUGCCAGUAGUUUAUGAGUAAAUGCAGUGCUCUAAAUCCAACUUCAUGAAAGUUCUUGUGGUUUUGCUGUGACUAACUCCUCUUAAAAUUCUGAUUUUAGGAGAAAGAGCAGCAGUCCCUGCAAAAAGACCUCCUCAGAGAGCUCGACCGCUUUAAGUCUGAGGAGAUGGCACGCAUGGACAGAAAGAUAGAAGACAGCAGGGACGGCAUGCGCAGGGAGAUGGAGUUCCUCUACACCCGCAACAUUCAGGCUCUAAAUGUAUGAAGACAAAGAUAAGCUUCUUUAUUGUGUUCCAGUGUGUUUUUUCCCCCCGUUAAUAUCCUUUUCUGUCUGUCAUUUGUAUUUUUAUUCGUAGGAAGCAAAUCAGAAUCUCACAGCCAGGCAGGAAAAAGCAGCCAGCCCUGUCCACUCACAGCCGGAGAGAGAAGUAGACAACUACAAAGAGAUGCAAGCACUGGCCAUUCAAAAGCUGGAGCAUCAACUGAAGAAACAGGUCAGUAUGGAGGACAGACUUACAACCCUGAGUCCAAAUAAAAUGUUGACUAAAACAGAUUUUGCUAGUUGGCUAACGAUAAAUAAUUAAAACUAAUGCAAAGACAUCAUAUCAUAUUUCUGAAAAUUGAAAAUGUUAAUGUUUUAUAUCAGAUACAGCAUUUUAAAUUUGAUAUCAGCAGCAUGUUUAAAAAAAAGUUUGGACAGGGAUAACAGAACUUUGAAAAAGUUGUCCAAAAAACACCUGGGGUCGUACGCUUUAAUGUUUAAAAUAUUUAACACUAACAAAGACUCUCCUCUAGGAUAAAAAAUGGGAAGCCAGGCUGCAGGAAAUCAAAGCUCAACAUGAGUCUGAAAAGAACCAGGUAAGCUCAAGUAGUCCCAAUAGUUUAUUCGCCAUCAAGGAUUUCUAAGAGUUGAUAUUUGAGAAAUCAGACAGCCUGAAAGUGUAUCCUCCUCCCGCCGUGUUCCAGUUGAUGAACGAGCUGAACAGAACGCAGCUGUCCGUGUCCGAGCAGCAGGAGCGGAGCCAGAAGCUGCAGCAGGACAUGAACAGGCGGCUGCAGGAGAAGGAGCAGACCAUCCGAGCUCAGAGGGAGCAGGUUAGUACGGAUUCACACUCGUGCAGCCGGCUCCGCCUCGAGUGAUUAUGUCGAGAGAGGAAGCCAGGCGGAGGGUUAGCCCUUGUUCAGGAUUUCCUGUAUUUGCUGCACCGGCUGAGAUUGGGCUGUAUUGUGAUACAAUGAAACCGUACAUUCGACAGGGAGCAUGGUGGGGCAAAGUGAGAAAACAAGAUUAAGUGCUGAAAGCUCACGGUAUGUUUUCUGACAUGAUUUCUAUCCAAAGUCGUGUUUGAAAUCUGACAUAAUUGAAUAAAUAAAAUGUAAAUAGUGACUUUUUAACAGAUCUGUUAGAAGUUUGGGAGAGAAAACAUCAAGAGUUUACACUCAGUUGUACUGAAUACAUGCUGCCCUGCUCUCUGUUAGUUGCAGAUGCAUACACAUUAGGUAACGAGUCUGAAUUCAGUAAAGGAAUGGCCCUCCUUAUAAAAGAUGAAAACUCACAUUUAAGAUGGCUAGUUUUGCUAUUAAACAUACUUUUAAUCGAGGCGUAGCCAUGGCGAAUCUUAAGAAAUAGAACUCUGGAUGGACAAGAGAGAAGUUUUUGCUUAAUUGUUAUCUUUUUUUGAAUGAAAAGGGUUGAUAAAGUUUUUUUUUUCAACUUACAGAUAAGGAACAUCUCUUCAAAUCCACCAACCAAAGUAGUAGAAGUACCAGGUAUGGAUCUCCUUAUUAUGUUUGUUUCAGAAAACGCUUCUACUAUAUUGUGUAUGAAUAUUUGAAGAAACCAGAAGCAUACUAUUAACUUGAAGGCUACUGGUUUGUUUGAAAAGACUCAUUCAUUUAAGACUGUAAAAGGAAAGUGGGCGCUGGAAUGACAAAGAGGCUUUCCAGUUUUUCUGAUUUAACUUUAGAGUUAUUUUAGAAAAUUGAGAAAAUAUUUUUGCUCAUGAGAGAAAUGAUUUAACUGUAUAAUUGUUGCAUCGAUCCAGAAAUUAUUGAGUAAUUCUGAGAUGAUUUCUUUUUUUGAUUCAGAAAAAGUUUUUUUUAAUUUUUUGAAUGCAACAAACUGCAAGUGACUCGUGCAAGUGAUCACAAGACCUCGGUUUCUUUAUCAGGGUCUGUAUUAUCCAAAGCUUUCACAUUUACCCCAUUCUUUGCUUUUUUUCAGUCAUUGUCACUGCACCAGCUCCAGAGCCGAAACCAAAGAGAGUCAUACUGGGUAAGUAAGGUGGCUGCAAUCAUGUAAAAAAAAAAAAUCAGGCACGCACUUUCCUACAUCAAGGUUCACUGCGCGGUUAAUACAAUAGUACCCACACAACCUCCACCACCACCUCUUUUAACACAAUUUACCCCACUUUAAAUGACCUUUGUCACUUGUGUGCUGUUCAACUAGAGGAGCCAGUCACUGCUCUUAAGUUGGAUCCUAUUCAGGAGCUGUCAGAAGAGGAGAAAGGUAAAAGAGAUUAGAAGAGAACAGGGCCGCUCGACUGCAUGCUUCUGCACGCAUGCAUCAGUCUGUUUCAAUCAGACUGAGAUCAUCCAAUAUCAUGACAAUAGAACCCGACUGAUAUGGGAUAUUUUAGAGACCAAUAUCAGUCAGGUAUACAUGUAUAUAUACUCACAUUUGCCAAUAUUUAGAAACCCAUUCUUUAACCUCUUUAUCAGUCAAAUUAGGCUAAACGAUUUAUCAGUCAGGGCUACACAGAAUAGGCAUUUUUCCUCACCCACAUACAGGAAAACAUCCCUUUCAUCCUGUAUCUACCUGUAUCGGCCCGAUAAAUCAGGCAGAAUAAUAUUUUAGUCAGCUCUCCUCAUGAUUUGCAUGAACUCAUAUUUGCCAGUAAUAUUUUUACCCCUAUCUUUCCAUGUCGGUAAUCAUUUCAACCAAUACCUUCAUAUCACAGAUUAUCAGCCCAAUAAUUUUGGCUGAACAAAAUAUCAGUCGUGGUUCUCCAUGAAGUGCAUGAACUAAGAAAGUGAAUGCUUUCUAGAAAGCAAGGUCAUGGUCUGUGAUAUUCUGUGACACGCUCUGUUCAUCGUUACGUCCAUCUGCCAUCAUGUCUGUUUUGUGGCGAAUAAUCUCGUAGACGUUCUCCUCUUCUGUCUGCUCCGCCGCAGUCACAUCAUCAACUCCACUCAACCUUCGGCAUAGAGCUUGCUGUUAGACUUGCAAACGCAUGCUCAGUUUUUUUUUUUUUGUUUUGUUUUUAUUUAACUGGUUGUUCUUUAAUUUUCUGAUAGAGUGAGACUUCUUCUCUUGCAGACUCGAGCAGCUUCUCUGAGAGGAAGCCCGUGGAGAGGAAGACUGAGCCAGUGCCAGAGAAGAAACAGAGAGGAGCAGCCUCCAGUGUCCUGAGGAGGAACACCAGCAUAAGCAAAGAAAUGCGACCGAACAUGGAGGAGGCUGUUAAUCGGAGGCUCGAGAGCCUGGGCAUCAAACCUGUAAGUUCAUGUGUUAAAAGCUCCCUUUUCUAGAAUCAUUUUGUACCAAUGCUCAUAAUCUCUUGCCAUUUUUUCCAGGAUCAGGGCGGUCUGAAGAACAAAGAGCUGACCUCCCUCUUGGCCAAGAUGCAUUCGAAUCGAGAGGACUAUGCAAAAGGGAAACCGGACUUCUGGAGCCAACGAGAGGAGAUAGAGAGCACCAUGGAGGAUAAGUUAGGCGGUCAGAGGAGAAGCAGCGACCCCGCUCUCGAGUCACAAACUAGAACCAGACAGUCAGUCCAGGGUGAGUCAUCGUCAAGCUUCUUAGCCUCUGAGAUUAUUUCUCUCAGUUGCACUCUGCCUUGUGUAUCACUCUGUACUUCUCACUGUGAGUGUCUAAUUGGUUUUAACUGUGUUUACAUGCAGUCCUCUGUGUAAUCUAUAAAGCUCGUUUGCAGCAGCAUUAACCUGUUACAGUUUGGUCAUACUGUCAGUGAAUGAUCCGCUCAUUCUAUUCACGUGAUCGGUGUUUUUCUCCAUCCCAGUGGUGCAGAUCCGUCCUCGAUCCAGCAGCCUGCCCUCCAGAGCAACCAAGGUGCAAAGUGGACCUGCAGUGAAACAGCCCAAGACCCCUCAGCCAGCACCAAGGACCAGGACCACCACCCAUCCUCAGACAUCCACACCCAACACCAAGACCAAUCUGAGGAGCUUCACUCCCAAGUGAGGGAAACACAAACUAAAAAAGAUUUGGAGACACUUUUUUUAGGGAUGUAAUUCUUUGAGAUUCAUUUCGUCAGGAUUGUACUUAACUAGGGUGACCAUACGUCCUCUUUUACCGGGACAUGUCCUCUUUUUUGGGGGGUGUCCAGGCUAUCUGGCUUUGUCCGGGGAAGUUUAUAAAAAACUUAAAAUAUCUGCGUUUUGUACGUAAGUUUCGAUUUUGUGUCACGUGGACUUACUGAGUUAGAAGCGCGUAAAAAACUCUCAAAACUAACUUCGUGCGACUCCGUGACCCCGCCUCCAUGUAGUCAUGUCCUUUUUGGGAAGUCAGAAUACGGUCACUCUAACUUAACUGACUGGGGAAAUGAUGAUCAAUAACAGUUGUGCAUGAUUCAGGUUUGAUUACCUGUAGAAAGAGCUAAUAACUACAGAGAAAAACGCUGCCAGUUACUUUGAAUGGCUGAGGAAUACACGUCAACGUAUUUGUUUUACCUUUUCCAAAAUCAUGCUUCAUGCAAAACACAGUUUUAUACAGAGCCAUUUUUCUUGGAACAUGUUACAUGACAUUGCCAGAAGUAUUAAAAUCACACACAGUUUUAAAAAAUAUCUUGAAAAUCAAUGCCUUGAUCGGCAAUGAUUAUGAUCAGUUUUGAUUUCCUCCCUGUCCAUGGAUAUUUUUAAGUUUUACAGGGUUGUUAUAUCUGACUUGUUAUAAGUGUUAUUUUGUUGUUAUUGGUAUUAUGGUUUUGUAUUGAUUUUGUUAGUGUUUUGUUGUUAUGACUUUUUUCUCUUUUUCAUUAUUAUGACUAUUAAUAUUUUUAAUUGAUGUAAUUGUUCAUUUUAUUGUUUUUAAUGGACCCCAGGAAGAGUAGCUGCUACCUAGUGUAACAGCUAAUGGGGAUCUUAAUCAAAUCAAAUCAAAUCAAACACAGCAGGUGAAAGCGACGCAGUCACACCUGCCUUUCAGAGCAACCCAACAUAUGUAAACAAACUGAUUCUGUCUUUCUUCAGGACUCCCCCUUUCAGCUCUGAUGAGGAUUCAGAAGAAGACACAGAAAUGGAGGAGGAACAACCUCAAAAACUCCAGAGCAGGAAAUCACCGCAGCCCAGACGAAACCAGGCCAGUCCGGUCCAAAUCAGAGCCAGCAAAGCCAGUCCUGUCCAGUCCCGGCAGACUCUGACCAGCAGAGAGACAGCGGUGAGCGUGACAAAGACAGCCAUCACGAAGAUAGAGAGUGACGAUGAGGAGGACGAUGACGAUUGGUCGGAUGUGAGCGAGCUGCAGGAGAUCAACCCAGGACGGCUUCAGAGUCACAAAGACCAGAACGGGAAUGUGGAGAAGAAAAGCUACGGGAGGGGUGAGGGUCUUCUCUUGAGCUCUCAGCUGCGAAUGUUUUAGUCAGUUCAUCACCGCCAGUGUGUAAGAAGAAAUCUGUGUCUCCUUAAGAAAACAAAAUCAGCGACCUGGCCAAAAAAGUGGAGAAGCAGUUCGCCGACAGAGGAGGGAAGAAGCCAGCAGGGGGCGUCAGCAUCUUACCAGAGAGGAGGGACGAGGUUCAGGAGCUGAUGGUGAGACGUCUGUAAAUUUGGGUAAACUUCACUGAUGGUGAAAAGCUUUCGACUUAAUGUUUCUGUGUGUUUGGGGACAGUACACAGAUCUGGAGGAGAGCAGUGAUUGGCUGGUGUCCUCCUUAGAAGACAAACAGGAAGUUCCCAAACCAGCUCAGGGUAGGAAGAGCCUGGAAUCAUCCAGCACCAGCGUGUGGGGGACCUCCACAGGAAAGGCCCCCAAAUCAGGUCAGUUACUCCCCCUGUUUUUCUCUCAGUGUUGGAGACGUCUUCAUUUGUUCUGCGUGUGAAUUAAACAUAGCUGCUUUAUCCUCUGCAGGUCUGACUGAAGCUGGAACAGGCAGCACUCUGAAGAGCAGCCUGUGCUCACUAAGCGACCUCAGCGACUCGGAGGAGAUUAGCAAUAAACACAAUAAACGCUACAGCUGA